UAUGUAGAUCUGACAUGUUUUCUUUUUUUUAUGUUCUAGUUGGAGACCUUUAAAAAACAACUGAUGCUGUCUCUAACUGAUGACAAUGCAUCGCAUACUGAAGCCAUAGAUAUUGGAACCUGUGAUCAAGCAGUCCCAAAGGCAUAUCCUGAUAAGGAUGAUGAUGGUUAUACGGUACAUCAUUCAUACAAUGGGCCUGAAGAUGCGGAUAAAACAAAUCAUGAAGCUUCCAGGUAUUCAGGGCAAAGGUUUUCUUUGACCCCAUAUAUCACACCACGUCUUACACCAACUGGAACUCCAAAGGUGAUUUCAACGGCUGGGUCUCCUAGAGGAUAUUCUGCUGCUGGAUCACCCAAGAAAACUUCUGGUGCGACCUCUCCAACCAAACUUCCAUAUGAUGGGCGUGGAUCUCUCUCUUCAUGGUAUCCAUCUAGUCAGCAGUCAUCAGCAGCAAAUUCUCCACCUCGGGGACGAGCAGUUCCAGGUCGCACUCCAAAGAUUGAUGGAAAGGAGUUUUUUCGUCAGGCAAGGAGUCGUCUUUCAUAUGAGCAGUUCAGUGCAUUCCUUACCAACAUAAAGGAAUUAAAUGCUCAGAAGCAAACACGGGAGGAAACUUUAAGAAAAGCAGAUGAGAUAUUUGGGUCCGAUAACAAAGAUCUCUAUUUAUCUUUUCAAGGAUUGCUCAACCGAAAUGCACGCCAGUACUGAAAGCAGCAUUGCUUGGUAUUUUACGAGUUACUGACCCAACUUGGUUUCUUGGACAUGAUAUUGACUCUUUCCUCCCUGAUCCAACAAUAACCAAAAUCAACCAAAGAAGCACUGAUCUGAGCCAUUGAAUUCGAGAAUAUAUACUUCAUCUAGGCCUUGUGUUUGUGUUUUUUAUUCCCCGUUGCUUGUGUAUAUUCAAACUCGUCAUUUUUCUAAAUGGCAUGCACAUAUAGUUAAAAUGCUGAGUGGAUAUUGCAAGAUUUUUGGUAUAUGGAAAAAGUGCGAUGGGAAAUUUUCUAAGAUGAUCUGCAAAUGCAAGUACCAGUCUGAAUGUUGGCUUUUGUUUC